CACACAAAACUUUGAAGGCCUAGCUAGCAGCAAGCAUGCCACUGUGCCAGUAAUGGAGUCUCUGCUUUUUCGAACCGGUUCCGGUUCAAUUCCGGUCCAAACCCCUUCCGCCUCCCCCACACCUCACACCCCCGCCGCCUCUCUUCCCGUCAGGGGCUCCUCUGCAUUUCCCGGCGAGCCUAUCUCGCUGCGCACGGAAAUCUACCGCCGGGAAAUUCGCCGGUGCCGUUCGGGUUCGGACGUGUCCCGAUCGGAGGUCGUAGCUUUCAGAAACCUGGGAUCUCGAUCCUUGCAGACACCGGAGGCAGAUCGCGAGGAGCUUAACAGGGGUUUCGCCGGAGAUUGGGGCGGCGGAGGAAUGGACGGAAAAUGGAAUUCCGGCGGAGGAGCCGGUGGUGGAGCGGAGAAGAGUGAGAUAGGAGCUUAUUACCGGAAAAUGCUAGAACCGGACCCGAGCAACUUUCUGCUCUUGACGAAUUACGGUAGAUACUUGCACGAGGUGGAGAGAGAGAGUGUGAAAGCCGAGGAAUAUUAUGGGCGAGCGAUUUUGUCGAGCCCUGGAGUUGGUGAAGCGCUUUCCUUAUAUGGAAAGCUUAUUGGGAUAAAGAGAGAGAUGAGAAGAGAGCUAUACCUUAUUUCCUUCAAGCCCUUCAAGCUUCUCCACAAGAUAGGUAGAGCCAUAUCUUAUUUGAAGUUCAUAUGAAAUGGUAGUCAUGUCUAAACGAACAAACUUGCUAAAUAUGGAUGUUUGCUGUUGGGCUUUGUGUGUUUUCUUUUGGCCGCAUGAUUUUGGGUUCAUAUGCUCAUUUCUUGUGGGAAGCCGAAGAGGAACAAGAACAAGAUGAAAGAGAUGGAAAAACAGAGGAAAUUACGAGUAAAAAUGCACUAGAAACCAUUGCAACAAUGGUGGAAGCUUGCUAGUUUCUGAUACAUCUCAUAGACGGGACGGUGCAUACUUAAUUUGCCACUUGAUCUGAUAAUUUGCGUAAGCUAAUGUAAUGUAGUGUAUAUCUAACCAAUACUAAGCGAGAGAGAAUUAAACUUGCAGUAGGCGAGAGGAAUGUGUCGUACUGGAGGAAGAAUGUAGUUGUUCGAUUGUUGAUAACUCCCUUGUCUGGCUAACAUAUUCCGAUUUGUUUUUUCCUCGAGAAUAUUCAUUUAGGAAAAAACAAGCUAAUAUACAGAAUCAGAAGACGAAUUUUUUUAAAACGAAAACGAAAAAGCCCCCAUGUAUAAUAAUAUAAUAUAACCACCUUAUCAUUGAGCAAGAUGACUAGACAGAAGUAAUUUAAAUAAGUGGACAAAUUUAGAUACAGAUGGCAUUUCAGGUGGUAGCAUAUAUGGAGACACUGAACAUGAAAGUGCCAAGUCUAUAUAUAGUCAUGGAAAAGUAGUAGCUAAUGGUAAUGGGGAACUUUAUAAUUCAUAUGCACACCAACGCUUCUGUUAGUUCAACACUUUCCAUCCCUUAUACACCGUUUAUCCUUUUCGGUAAGUUGAGAAGCCUGAAUAUGUAUACUAUAACCAUAUAAACCAUAAAUAGAAACAGAAAUUCACCACAGCAUACUCAUUCAGGCUACAAAAUUGACCAACAAAAGGUAGCAUUUUUGGCUUGUGAGAGUUUAGUAUUAUUUUAUCUUAGUCCAAUGAGAUCUGUUUUUAGGAUUGUAAAUAUGUUUUUGUUUAUUAACUUUAAAAAAAAACAAAGAAAAAAAAA